UGAGGAGGCUAUGUUAAGACUGCUACACAGAAAGGGAAGCUGUGGUGCGCAACCACAAUGCGCAUUCAACUUGUGCCGAUGACUCUGCAAGUCUCGUCUCUGCCUGUCUCUGCUGAUAAGUCGUUUUAAAGUUGGAUUUAAUUCUCAAAAUGCCUCAGUUCAUUUCUUGCUGGACGGUACUGGUGAUCCUUGUCGUUUCUGGUCUUCCUUGUCAGGCCAUAUCAGUUACCGGUAUUUUGGGCGAUUCAGUCAUCUUACCUUCUUGCAUGCCUGCUAAUUUCACACCAUCAAAAGUUACCUGGUCCAUCUUUAAAAACGAUACCCAAAUUGCUACAUUAAGACCUACAUCGACGAAAGUAGAUUGGUGGCCAGAGUUCGAAGACCGGCUUCUGCUGAACGCUAACAAUGGGUCGCUUCAGAUAAAAAACCUGCAGAGGAAAGACGCGAUGAUCUACACCCUGAACAUAUAUUACAACACCAAUAAACCGUGCAACAAUUUGGUGAAUCUAAGAAUUAUUGAACCAAUUCCCAAACCAAAUAUUACAAUUGAAAAGACUGAGCAGUGUGGAUCCUGCAACUUCUUUGUGAAAUGCUUGGUUACAAAAGAUUCAGAAGUAAAUUACUCUUUGAAGCUGACUGAUGACUCCAUUGGCAACGAAAAUGGAUCAAUACUGAAAGUCCGAAACAUUCCUUUCAACACAAAACGGUCCUUCACCUGUGUGGCUUCCAACAACGUAACCCAAUCAUCAACUACUGUGACAGAGCACUGUGGCAAUACAGAACCAAUUGCCAAAGCAGAGAUUACAAUUCAAAAGACUGAGCAGAGAAGACGCUGCAAUUUCAUUUUGAAAUGUUUCGUUUCAAACCACUCAAAUUUUAAUUAUGUUUGGAAUAAUGCUGAUGACUCCAGUGUAAGCAGACCCAUACUGGAGGUGGAUAUUGCUUUCAACACAAAACGGUCCUUCACCUGUGUGGCUUCCAACAGCUUAACCACAUCAACAGCUACUGUGACAGAGCACUGUGGCAAUACAGAUUAUUUUUUACAGUUAAACGUUUGGCGAAACAUUGCAAUCAUCGGAAUCAUCAUAAUCAUCAUAAUCAUCAUCGGAACCAUCAUCCCAUUUAAAAGCCAAAAAAUCAGACGCAGAAUGCUCAAAUUCAUCAUGAAGUUAUUGAAAGGUACAUUGCUACGAACGUGUCUAUUUAUGUUAGUAAACUAUCUAUAAAUUGCUGCCUGGGAGCUGAAACAUAUACACUCUCUAGUUAACUGUGGUUAAAUAACACAGAGGAAAACUAUUGUUUGUAGAUCGUUCUCUCUCACAGUAGAGUUCAAACUAAAAGAGGGAAACUCAAAUUAGUAACACUUUCCAUUAAGAGUCUCUAAUGACUGUGUGUUUGCAUAUCAGUAAAUCCAUGUGUGCUCACACAUCAAUACAAUGGUAUUAUGCAGAGUUACAAUGUGCUUCAUGUGUAACAGAAUGUUUGCACGAUAUGACCCCAACCCUAACCCCUUUCUGAUACAAUUGUGUACUUACAUAUAUCAUGCAAAAAGAUUUACACAUUAAGUUUACAAAGUGUUACUGUAAAAUCAAUUUA